CGUGUGUGGACUCCGCUCUUCGCGGAAGCGGCGAUCUCAUGUACUCGACCUCACCCCUCACAUCGCCAGGAGCUAAAGCUCAUACAAGCCUUUCAAUGACUCUGUCGAUGUGAUGAACUCAACACCAUUGUUUGGCAUUGGGUCAGGGGCGCAAUCAACAAUCCUUCCAACUCCACCACUGUCCCAGACCGUUAUCUUGCCCGCGCGUCAAGCUGAGAUCCAGGUACCUUCCAAUUCUCAACUUCCCCCACUAGUUCAAAUCCUAGACAUCUUCUUUCGCCAAAAUGCAACUGGCCAAUUUUUUUCGGGAGCGACCGCGAUGAACGAUGCGCAAUUUACUGGACAGAGACCGAUUGUGGGUGUGGGUCAUCAUUUUGUCGUUUACGCAAGUCCCUUUGCAAAGCUCGAUACGACCCCAGAACGUGUCGCCAGAGUAGGAGGAGAAGUCUACUGCAUUAAAUCGCCGAAUCUGGAUCGUGGUCUCAAUGAAAAAGGCUUCCGAAAAGAAUAUUAUCAUACGGUCUUGGAGGAACUCCGAGUUCUGUCGCACCCUAGUUUAAUCAACCACGAAAACAUCAUCGGACUACUUGGACUCGACUUCUUGGAAGACUACGAUGACUUCAGACUUGCAUGGCCGCUUCUCUUGGUAGAAUACUCUGAAUUCGGUACCCUUGAUGCAUUUCAAGAAGAUCUCGGCGGACUCCAGCCAACGUGUGUAAGGAACCUGUUAUUGGACAUCGCGAUUGGUCUCCAAACUCUCCAUAAUUGCAAUAUUAUUCAUGGUGAUGUGAAGUCCGAGAAUGUCCUCGUAUUUGGGCACCCAAUUCGACAGUAUGUUGCCAAAUUGUCCGACUUUGGACUGGCCGUUGUUAGUCCAUCCGCAGCAGAGCAACAUUAUUUGCCAGGUUGCACUUGGUUAUGGAGCGCCCCAGAAGCUCAGCAGAAGCUAUCCGUUUUGGGCAUGCAGCUUACGGACGUGUAUUCGUUUGGACUUACAGCGUGGAGGGUCUUGAUGAAUUGCCAAGACCCCUUUCAGUGGAUAUCGCGAAACCUGGAGGCUCCGAGCAAUCAACAUCAGUUCGUACAGCAAAUGAAAAUGUCGCCGGCAUUCCCGCAAGCGGUUAUCCAAUCGCUUUCAGGCCUGGGAAAUUCCGGAUUCGCUCGCCAGGUCAUUGUCGCAACGCUUAGCCUAGAGCCUACUGAACGAAGCCUUGAGUCAGCUAUACAUGCAUUAUCAGAUAGUGGCUUUGGCAGAAGUGAUGCUGCAAGUGUCAAUCCUUCACGUGACCUGAGUGAAAACACCCAGCAAAUUUGGGAGCCAGAAAGUCCUGAGGCCGUUGUAAGAACUUUGACCAAUGUGUUCCCUUGGGAUUUCUUGACACUUCAAUCAAGGCCAUCCGUGAUAUUUUCACUUUUGGAAGAUUUGGAAGCUAUUAUGUCUUCAAACACCCCUGCUGCCCUUCCAGCUGCAACAAUUCACUUCAAACUCAUCACUACCCCUGGUAUACAAUUAGGCGACAAGAGUGUUGCGAACCAGGUUCGGAUUCUUCACAGAUUAUGUGACCUUGGCUCACAGUCUCAUCGAGCGAUAGCCCAUAUCUACUGUAAAUUGAACAAACAAGCCCUACCAGGAUGUUUUAGCACAUCUUGGCUGGAAGAAGCGGCCUGGGUCGGCUCUUUCUCUGCUCUGCACACACUCAAGGUCGACUUCCCUGGAGAUUUCCAUGAGUGGGAACGGAAAAUAGAAGACAAUGCCUCAAACUCAGCCGCAGGAAACAUAGGAAACUACGACCACAUGCUUUUGGCGUAUUGCCGGACUGGAAACCUUCCCCAGUGCCACGCAAUGCUGGACGCUGGAGCGUCUGCCCUAUCAGAUUGGGAUGAGCCAGGUGCUCUACAUUUCCUUGCCGUGCACCGAGAUGCCGAUCUAUCCACUCUUACAGAUCGACUAAUUGAUGCCGGCGCCGCGUUGGAUCACUGGGAAGGAAGCGAAAUGGAUGACGACUUUCUCCUGGGGAGAUGCUCAGGCACUCCAAUGCAUUGGGCAGUCUUCCACCAAAACCUAGCGUUUAUUCGCGUAUUGGCGCGACGAGACAAAAGCGUUCAAGAAGCAAAUCUUAAGAGAGCUUUCUUUAUAGCCGCUGUUAUGAACUUCCACGACGUACUGGAGAUCUUGUGGGAUUGGGCUAUGGAUGGGAAUUACAACGUGCCGACUGAGUGGGUCUCUACAUUUCGCAUAGUUGCUGCUGCACACCUGGAGCAUCAUCUACCAAGACUUCUACGACAUGGGGAUAAUGUCGACAUUGCCAUGAGUCAGACGUUCGAAAUCCUCUUUAUGAUGAGUUCUCCGUCUAAGCCGGAGUGUUCUUCCUGUAUCGACCUUUUAAACCUAGGGGUUAUCCACAAUCGCACUGGUUUUGUACAGUAUCUGUUGCGCAGAUUCGAUAUCCCAAAGACGAUAAGCAUACCCCACGAGAAAAAGGACGUCUUUCUCUCUUAUGCUAUUCUUAGUGGUUUCGUCGACAUGUUCGAGUUAUUCUACGAGUACAAACUUUUCAGCCUAGAUCACCGCUCUAGUGCAGACAAAUUUACGGGCAUUCAAAUGUGUCUUGCAGCUCGCCAACGCAAUCCAGUCUUCGUUCGUCGUUACAUUGAAUGGGGCUGUAGUGUCGAUGAAAUGGGAGACAGCCAAGUUGCUGAGUGGACCCCAUUUACUAUGGCCGUUCAAUGCGGCUUGUACGAUAUCGCAAGCAUGCUUCUUCAGCAUGGAGCUGAUAAAGAUGCUACAACCGGCUGGCUAGGUGGCACAACGCCCCUUUUCCACAUACUUCACGCAUGGCCCGACGUACCGAUUUCGCGCGUAAAGUACCUACUGGAAGAUCUCCCUCGACAAGGCUUCGGACAUGUCAGCUUCAUCGGAUGGCCCGCAAACGGGGCAAAUAUACUGUAUUGCUUCUCAAUGGCUGUCUGGUCACAUUAUCGCAACAGCUACAAGUUUAGCGAAACAAUGAAAUUUGUUCUGAGUAUGAUGGGGGAUAAAACGUGUAUCAACCAACUUGACCGUAUCGGUUGUACUGCUUUGAAUCAAGCUGCACGUUCAGGAAAUCUCGAGGUUGUAAGAGUGCUGAUUGAGGCGGGUGCAGAUGUUAAUGGCGGUCUAGGCAUCGCACCACUCGAUGCCGCCUUGGAAUGGAGAGACAAGUGGGCUAAGAAGGAGCGGGAGGCAAUGAAGCGGCAGGUCAUUGGAGAGCGGCGUCAUGCGACGAAAAUUCGGGAACGAGCCGACGAGUUGAUACAUCUACUGCAACUUAAUGGAGCUCAGGAACGGGGUGUUAUUGAGAAUAAUCAGAUGAUGAUGUCCACAAUCACAAGCGGGAACUACAAGCUCCCAAGCAUGGAAAUGCUUUUCGAGAUGGCGUCUGUCCUGUUUGACAAGUCAAGCACAGUCAAUCAGGGCAGCAUCAAACCGCAUCCAACAAAAAGAGACGACUUCACCGCCCACCACGGGAUUACUAACCGCACACAAAAGGCUUUCCGAAUGUUCGGACGAAUGAUUGAUCAAAGUCUAGGUAGUACCUCAAACCCACAUCCUCGUUUCAAAUCACGACAGAAAAUAGUUGUGACACUUUACUGCCCUCAUUCUUGUCACCCCUGGCUUCCAUGCCAGUUUGCUAACGGGUAUGACCCACAAGGUGGUAAUCAAGGGUCUUCUCCGUCUACCAAAAGCAACGUGUCACAACCUAUUUCGCAGCUGCACAUUCUGCAAUCACCAGGGAGACAAAAUGAUCAAUGGAAUUCCAGUACUAGUACUCUGAUUCCAUCCCCACAGAAAUCGCAGCCACUCGCUUCACAGAGUAAUCAAAACCAACAGGUCCGUCCUAUAACAAUGCCUGGCAUGCCAACCAUGCCCAUAUCAGGCUUUCACAGCGAACUAAAUCGGCCAAAUACGCUCCCCAGUAUGUCAAGCAUGCAAAUUUUCAGUGAAGUAAAUCACCUACCUUCCGGAACAACCGACUCAUCCCAGACUGCACCCUCUCCACAAUGGCAUCCUCCUAUCGCCGUCUCCCCGCAGCACCAGCCCCCGUACCAGAGUCCUAACCACCGAGCAUCAUUGUCACCACCUACCCGCUCCUCAGAAUUAGUCAUUUCCCGGCUCCGUACAAGCCUUACCUCCAUCCGCUCGCCUUCCUCCCUAUCUCCAUCUUCCUCCACGGACGAUCUUUACUCCUUAGACCCCCCUUCAAACACCCAGCCCCCUCUCGACUCAAUUGGAGCUCGAUCGCUCGAGAUCCUGCGCUCGGAAUUCUCGCAACCAAUUCAGUUACUUUAUCGCGCUUGCGGCGUCGAAGAAAUAAUAGAUAUCGCACUCAUUGAGUCUACGGUAGCGGAUGCAUUAGGUGCUGACUUGAUGAGGGAGUUGAAGAUCAGCUUUGUGCCGGAGCUGCAGAAAGAUGGGAGGGAGCUUUGGAUGCAUUUGUGCUGUGUGGUUAUUCAAGAGAAUGAGUAG